AUUUUUGUCAGUUAAAAUGUCUAGCACUAAAUUAAGAAGAUUAAGUUAAUUAGAGGGGGAAGGAUCAAAAUUAAAAAGAUUUAAUGUGCUCUAUCCAAAAACAAUAAUUUAAUAGCAUGUUUUAGAUAUUAAAAGAGAAAAGGAACUUAAAAAAUAAAAGAGAUUAGAAUUGCAAGAAUAAUAGUAAAUAUUUUUGGGUUUAGUAGAAAGAAUACCAUUUUGUCUACAUGUAAAAAGAGUGUAGGUUCAACCAAUAAAUCAAAAUAGAGUUAAAGAAGAUUAAUUAGUUCAAUGAAUAAUAAUUUACUAACCUUUAAGACUCCUACAUCAAGGCUAUAAGAUUAUAACACCCGUAUGUCAUCAAGAUUAUCAUCAAAUUCUCAUUAUGAAGGAGUGAAGCAAAUAUUCUUAAAAACAAAUUUCAAACGACCUAAAUAUCAGGAAUAAUAAUUAAUAAUUGUAGAUCCUUAUAUAGAAAAUAAAGAAAAUUUUUAAAAUGUUUACAAUCUGAGACCAAAUCGAACUAUUGAUAAAUUAGUUACAAACAGAAAAAAGAGUUAUAGUACUAAUAAGAAUUUUCUACUAAAGUCUCCAAAAUCACAUACAACUUUACUUAGUGUAAGAUCAUUAAAUUUUUUAUGAAGUG